CGGCAUGACUACUACUUGCAGUUACAAUAUCGCCAAGUAUUGCAUCGAGUAGCCUUAAAAGGGUUAUUGAGAUACAGUCUGGAAGAGUAAAGUUAAUAACAAGCUAUUCCGGGAAUAACUAAUGUCCAGUGACGAUCAGCUAAGUAUGGAAAUAUUGGCUGGGCUGCAUACUGCGCGGGUUGCAGUUACAACCUUCACAUCUGCAUACAUCUUCCUAGGUCUUGAAAUAUAAUUCAGAUUGAUAUCUUCCGUUCCUACGGAGGAGGACUGACCUCGUCGGAUCCGUGUCGAUUAAAUCCUCGUCGACAAUAGUCCCUCUUUUCAACUACUAUGGAAUGGCUGUCGUCAAAGUGGGCACCGAGAUGGACUGUAUCGAGAUGGCUUCUUUUUGCCAGGCUGUUACAGGUGUCGGGUACUCUCGUAACUGCUGUAAUGAACGGAUUUCUUCUUGUAUACAUCCAUAUUAAUCGACUCGGCCUUGCGACAAGUAUGUUUUGUCUAGAGAUGAUGGUUUGUGUCGCACUUAUAUACUCUGGCAUUGUACUAUUGAUGCAGCACUCUGGUAGCUGGCGGAGAAGAUCUAGCACGAUAUUGGCUACUAUCUUCAUCGCUGGCGAUGUGGCAUUCAAUGGAAUCAUGAUCGCAAUCAUAACAGUACUCUCCCGCACGGGGCUUCCAACAGAUUGUUAUGGGUUAACUCGAGACGAUAAGGAAAAUAACGACGCCCCUGACAAACCGCCCCCGGGAUAUGAUACGAUACGAUUCGGCAACGGAGAUAAUAUAAGGGGACUACUUGAUAGAUACUGUUCCCUGGAACAAAGUUUCUAUUUUAUCGGCGUAGCACUAAUAUUUACUUACAUGUUGACGAUAACAUUGGGAGUCUUACGGAUCUUUGAGCAACGUUGGAACCACGGCCAAAAGGAUCACUCAUGCAUGUCAGAAGAUAACAUACAUCAACUUGAUCACAUAACAUACAAUGUUCAAAGCCCUAAUCCCGAGAGAGGCCUAGAUAGUGCGGCGCCAUCUAGUGAAGGGGUUUCUACGCCAGCCGCUAGGGCUAACCCGACAAUACGAACCCACGACUUCGGGUCUACGGGUGACCUAAACGAGGAUCGCGUAUUCAACGAGCAAAGGAGGACACUGCAACUUCCUGUCUCGCCAGUUUCUGUCGCUUCCCGAAUAUCUCAGGUGUCUCCCAUUUCACCAGUUAUGCGCCAGCAUGGAAUAUUCCAUACGACAUCUCAGGACGUGCCGGACACGUCCGUGGGCAGUUCGGAUCUCGCAGCCGAGGCUAUGGUGACAGAUGGGUAUCGAUAUAGACUUCAACCAGGAAUUCCGUCGCUGCCUGCUUAUUCCCCAAGUCAGUCCAGGGGACAGUUUAUGGAUGGGCAUGGCGAUGAGUCGAACGAGAUGCGUUUGAGUGGGUAUGUCAAGGGCAAGACGCGGGCGCAAAACAUGAAGGACUCGGGUCUAGGCAUCUAGAGAUAUGUCAUGAGUACGCUUCAUAUCUGGCGAUGUAUAGAAUAUGUUGACGAGUGGCGGCGGCCUAUUCAUUUCCUUUUUUACGAGCGACGGCGUAGGAGGCUCAGUCUAUUCUCGAUUUUACGAAAAGUUUUCUUGUUAAUAUGGUAAAUAUACUCGGUUCGACUUCUUGACUUAUUGUUU